AUGCACAAGUCUCUGUCGCGGUCAACCUUCAACGCCGUUUUCGAGCACUUGUCUGCCGAGGAGCAGCGCGCUAGUCGCCAGCGCAGCGUCAACGCCAGCUUCGACCACCGCCCGCAACAGCAGCAGCCUCUGCGACCCAUGUCCGGACAGGCGCUAGACACCGCCGUCGAGGUCGUCGCACUGUGCGACCGCGCCGAAGGCGAGUCCACCACCUCUCAGGCGGAAGAGCCGCUGAUGCCGCUGCUGCGUGACAUGAACGACGAUUCGACGGAUGCGCUGAAGCUGUGCAACAGCAGCGAUGAGCUGGAUGGCUACUGCAGCUCCUGUGAAGGAUCCCUGCCGGACAACAGCGCCAGCAGCAGUAGUGAAGACGCUUCUAGAGCAACGCUGUCGACAAGCGUUGCGGCAGCUCUGCGCAAGGACGCUCGUCGCAAGCCCCACAGCCGCCACCAUCGCCACCGCUAUCGCGGUCGUGGAUCGCUGAUACGCAGCGCUGCGCGCGAUGAGGAGUGGCAACGGCUGGUGGCCAUGAGCUUCGACGAGUCGACAGCAAUGGCGAAGGCGGCGGACUCUGACACGACGACCAUGGCAUCGCCUGUCGUCUCAACGCCGGCGGUGGCUGCAGCGGGGGGCGCAGCGCGCGAAGGCGCUUUCAAAGGGAUGUGCACACCCUAUCCAAAGCCGAUCACCGCGACCACAAACACGAAGACGUCGCUGGCGAUGAUCUCAGCGGCGCUGAACGUCGAGAGCCGCACCGCCGAGGCUGACACGAGAAGCAACAGCGAUAGCCCCUGCUCCAAGUCAGGGAAUGCGGUGGGCAACACGCUUGAUGCGGUGCUGCUGCAUGUGCAGGUGCCGGCCUUGGCGCGUGACGGAAGAGGAGGCGAGUCAGCAAGGGCGCUGCGCUCCUCGGCAGCGUCGCUGUGUUUGCUAGGCAAACGCGAUAGCUGCGACGCUGCCGAGGUGUCGAUAGACCGCGCUGCAGGGGACCAGUGCAUUCUGGAGACGUCGCCCACCGCGAUGUCGCGUCCGCCCAUCCUUUCUCCCGCUGGUACGCUAAGCCUGGCGGGCACUGCGGUCAUCACCAGUAACGGCAACAACAACGGAAGUAAUAGCAGCGCCGUUGGCGCCGGAGACGCGCUGCAAGUGACAUCAUGCGAUGCGAUGGCUCCUCCACCCGUCGAAGAGGCAGCAUGUGUCGCACCUGCUGCGGUGGGUCUGAUGAAGAGCAGCACGGUGAACGUCUACGACGGGUUUGUCACGCUCACCGCCGCCGCCAACCCGCUGCAGGAAGCCACCCAAGGCCCCUCUGCAGAACCUAGGCCCGAUAAGACGCUUUCCAUUUCACCGGCAGGUGAGGCCGCGGCAGAGACCACAGGCGUUGCCCUGCAGGCAGCACCUGUUGCCGGCGUCGCCACAUUGACGUCAACGAACGCGACAAUCCCGCUAGGCCAUGCAGCAGCCGAGACCUCUUCCAAGCACCUGCAGGACUCCUCCGGCUCUCCGACGCAUGUCGACCUCUCUAGCUCCUCAUCGGUCGGCGGUCACCACCUCUCCGUAACAGAGGGGAGUGUCUUCCUGAAGCAGUCUGGCUCACGCCGCGAGGAGGCCUUCUAUAACAUGAUACAGCCCUACCAAGAGGCACUCGUGCGGAAAGCGGUGCGACAGGCGCCGCACACGGUUCAGCAUUGGAGCCAACACCACGCGGGCACGCCGUGCGCAGGAGUUCAACAAGGCGCAGCCUCCACCGCCGCCGCCGCCUCCCCCUCCUCUAAAGCGGGGCACCUCUCACCACUGCACGCCAGCGCCAGCCACCGACAGAGAGAUGACGACAGCGACAGCGUCGUGGCCGACCCGGACGAUGUGGCUGCCAUGUGCGAGGCAAGGUGGGAAGCCUACCAGCAGUACGAGGCGGAGGACAUGUCAAACCUGAACAUUCUCGCCUCGGAACAGCUGGCGAAAAAGAAUGCGGGGUGCGAGCGCCAGCGCGGUGGCGGAGGCGGUGACUGCGCUGGGCUGCUAUACAACAGCCCAUCAUCGCCAACGUCGCUGCGCCAGGUGGACAAGGAUCUCGUUGAGUUGGCUGCCCGACUGUGGUGGACGGUGCGCUGCCGUCACUUCUACCGCACUUCAGCGCCCGCCUACGAGGUGCAGCGGCAGGCGGCCGAGGCGGCAAGUCUGUCGCCACUGUCGUCGUUGGCCUGGCCACCCGCGGCCACCACCUGUGGCAGCGGUGGUGCAGCCGUCACCUAUUCUUUAGACACCGCGCCAGCGUCGCAGCAGCCUCACCAUGCGCCACACGACUCCCUUGAAGCCCUGCCACCGACACUCCCAUUGUCGCCGAUGAGCGCAUCCAUGAUAGAACAGGAAAAGGCUGAGCACAGGGGUGAAGCAGCGGCGGCGCUGGCCCCCAGCGUGAGCGGUACCGCCACGCCUUGCAUGGUCGGCUCCUUUGCCGCCUCGCUGCUGGAAGGGCUCACCAGCAGCUCCAGCGCCGCAGAGCGGCAAUACGCCGUGCAGAAGCACCGCGCGCUGCAGCUGUUCGCCGCCUUCGUGCCACGCUACCACGGCACACGCCGCCUCUUCGCGCGUGACGUGCUCCGCUGCGAAAGUAAGAAGCAGCCGCAGCAGCCGGGAAAGCAGCAGAUCGUGGUGGAUGCAGACAACGACGACGACGAGGACAACAACAGUGGCGACAAGAAGAUCUGCCACAUGAUCAUGCUUGAGUACGUGUGCUACCGCUUCCGUCGUCCAUGCGUCAUGGACAUCAAGAUGGGCAGCCGUCAGUAUGGCCUGCACCCCUCCGCGGAGAAGAAGCGGAGCAAGGAGCGCAAGGCGAGGCUGUCCACGUCGGCACGGUACGGCAUCCGCCUCGCUGGGUACCGCCGGUGGAACGCGGAUGAGGGGCGGUACAACUGCCGCAGCAAACUGCAGUGCCGCUGCCUUAGCCUCAACGAGGUGAAGAGCGAGAUGUCGACCUUUCUGCUCCACAGCCGCGAGAUGGAGCAGGUGUUCCGCCGGCAGCUGCAGCGGCUGCGCGUCGCCUUCAGCCAGCAGACCAUUUUCCGCUUCUACACUUCCUCGUUGCUCUUUGUGUACGAUGCCGAUGAUCCGCUGAAGACGGCGCGGGUGACGAUGGUGGACUUUGCGUACACGUACGAGUCGAAGGAACUGCUGCAGGGCGGCGAUCCUGAUGCCGACUUCGACUAUGAUGUCGGGUACUUGAAGGCGCUUGACACCCUCCUCUCCCUGCUGGCGUAG